CAUUUCCAACCCAAAAAGAAAAUUUUACUCCACAGGCAUGAGCAAAUGCAACCGUGAACAUAACCUGAAACCCUGGUACUGCAGCUGGUGCAUAGGUCAUGGACUCAUGGUGGGGUUGUGACUUGUGAGUUGUGACCAGCGAGGGAGUUGUUGGAUCGUGAUCAUUACUAGUACUAUGCUCAUUCUGCAGGAAAGCAGAGAAUUUUUUUCCCCAUUAGGGGAGAGGAAACCCACUUCCCCAGUUCCACCACUUCCACCGUACAAAUAUUACAAACCCCACAAUAAGUUUGGCUAAAUGUGCCUGAGCAUUUUUUAUUUUUGAUUUCCCCAAAUAAGUUGCUCAAAGAUUUCCUCAGCCUCCUCAGAUUUCUUUUCAGCCCCUCUUUAGCUUUACUUAGCUCAUCUUUUCUUCUCUCUUCCAUGCUCAGGACACAAAAAUACUUCCAGCUGACCACACUCUGCUGCAGUAGCAGUACUAUUGCUGCCUGCCAACUGCCAACUCUUACUUUGUCUCUCUAUUUUCUGUAGCAAAGUAAAAUUUCAGUCUUUGUAUGCUUUUUACUCUUUUUCCAUUCUCUCACACUCAUUAGCCAUUUGUCUGAAAGGGCUAAAAAAGUAUUCCAAUAUUGAAAAAUGGGUGCUGCUAGCACCUUCAAAAAACAGAAGUUUGAACAGAGAUUCCAGAUAUUUGAUUGUGAUGAAUCUGAUGAUUAUACAGAAGCAGCUGAUGAGAGCUGUGGGGAAGACAAAGAAGAUCAGAAAGAGAGAGAAAAUAGUGAUGGGCCCUCAAAAGCCUGCAAUCGAAUUGAGUGGCACUGCACCAGGAGUUCUAUGGAGGACAUUACAUAUUAGUUGGUUCAUUCCAUGGUCAGUGGUAGCUCUCCUGCAAACGGGUGGAAGACUUGGUAUGUGCAUUGCCUCAUAGUUACUUAUGGGUGGUAUUCAAGGCCUGUAUUUCCUGAAGAUGAAUCAAUAACCGACGCAGAGAAUGACAAUACCAAUUGGAGCGCAGAAGCCCUUUGCCAUAGAAGUGACUAAUGUCUUCUCUUUUUCAGGGAGAUCCACUGUGAAUGGUCAUGAACAGUGGUUGGAGAUGCAAUUUGCAGGCUGCUUUAAUGUUACAGUUUCCUGGGUUGUAACUUAAAUAUCUGAAUAUGCAACAAUCACAUGGUAUUAGCCACUAACUUCUGUGGAGGUUGAAGUCACUAAUAGUUAGAGGUUAAAGUUACUAAUCUCUUACUCUACUCUCACAAAGUGAGAGAUUAUUGACUUUAAGCUGUGAAGAAUGGUUUAGUAGAGGUUAUAUAUGAUAUAUAACUGUCCUUUGCUCUCCCUUUGUCAAAUGGAGGAUGGCAUAAUCAACCCGUCGCCAGAAAUUGCUGAUCGAAAUCCUAUGGUUUUAGAUGGGAUCCCCUCACAUUUGUUAUCAGAUGCACUUGUCCAGUCUCUAAUUCUUAAUAGCCGAAGCCAGAUCAUAGCUGGAUAUCCUUUGCUCCCAACUUUGCAAGGAGAAGUAAUGAAUGAUCUCCAAGAUGAUUUCCCAAUGACAAAUCAUGGUGGGAUUGUUGAUUCAAAUGCUUCAAUAUCUAGAAAUUUGCUGCUCAAUAGACAAGCCAUUAGAAAUGCCUCAGUCAGAAGUUUGCAUCAUGUCAACAACAGUGAGCUUCAGGAGCAGUUCAGCGGAGAAACAUCUCUUUCUGCUACAUCACUUCCUAACAUUUUGGAAACAUCCAGUACUCUGCAUGAAAAUCUUGAUAGGGUCACAAUUUAUACCCCAACAACAGUCCCAUUGGAGGAUUUGAGGAUUUUUGCUUCAAAUGGCUACAACACUUCAGAUUCAUCAUAUGCAGCCUCUAUGAACGAUAAAUACAAUAGAGGACAGGGUGAUGCAGAGCUUAUGGCGCCGAAGGACUGCAGUUUUCCUGGGCAAUUGGAUGGUAAAUGGGAUGUCAAGAAGUCGCAAGAUGGUGAGGUGCUUACUGGGAAAACUCCGAUGAAUGCUUUUAGUGAGCCAUAUCGUUUUGUUGGUUGCUUAGGCCCCAGUGCUUGGAUUACAUCUAACAAGUCUAACUACAGUGCGGAUGAUUCGUACACGUACCGUAUGCCUAAUAAUGAGCUGUCUCUAAGUCUUGCCACAUGCCAACCAUCUAUCACCACUGUACCCACCUUUUCACAUCAGUGCUCAGAAAUAAGCUGCUCUGGUUUUACUCGGCAUUCUUUGCACGAAGUAGGGCUGGGAACGGGAUUGGAUUCAGAGCAAACCUGUAGCAAGAGUAAGGAGCUUUCCCUGAGUUAUGGUUCAUAUAAAUUUUUCGACAUCUCACAUAUUUUGUCGGGAUCAAAAUAUUUCCAUGUGGCUCAGCAAAUACUCACUGAAAUUGCAAGCUAUUCGCUUGGAAAUCUAGACAACAUUAGGUAUUCAUCAGGACAGAUCGGGAAUGGGGCGAAGAUUUCAUUUUCUUCAAACUGCCCUGAUAUGAGAGAGAUUUCAGUGGACUCUGAAGAAUCUCAGUAUUCUGCUGGAGCAGUCAGAUCCAAGGAUCAAAUUAAGUUCACAUUGCAAAGACAGGAAAUUGAAGCAAAGAAAACUCAACUGCAGUCACUACUAGAACUGGUUGAUAACAGAUUCAACCACUGUUUGGAUGAGAUCCAUACAGUAAUUUCUGCAUUUCAUGCUGCAACUGAGCUGGAUCCUCAGAUACAUGCCCGUUUUGUUCUUCAAAAAGUCUCCCUCCUAUAUAAAAACUUAAGGGAGAGAAUCACUUAUCAAAUCCUUGCUACUGGGGAAGGCCUCUGCAGUGGACGUAAUAGAGAGGGGACAUCUUUCAAGUCAUCUUUCAUCCAAAAGCAAUGGGCUCUCCAGCAGCUGAGGAGAAGAGAUGAUCAAACGUGGAGACCUCAAAGAGGGCUGCCUGAAAAAUCUGUCUCUGUUUUGCGGGCAUGGAUGUUUGAAAACUUUCUCCAUCCGUAUCCGAAAGAUGCGGAGAAGCAUUUACUUGCAAUAAGAAGUGGGUUGACAAGAAACCAGGUCUCCAACUGGUUUAUAAAUGCACGGGUUCGCCUCUGGAAACCAAUGAUUGAAGAAAUGUACUCAGAAAUGAACAUGAGAAAGGGUCGUCGGACUGGAGAAGUAACUACUAGAGUCCAUGGGAAUCAAUUUAGGAUUGAUUAUCAUGAAUGAACUGAUGCCAAUGUAUUUAGAAUUAGCUUCAUGAUUCAUUCCCUUCUUUUGCUGUGCUUUGAUGUUCAUGACUGAGAAAUCACAAAUCUGAGCUAGGAUAUACAAGGGAAAAGGAAAAAGGAAGAUGGGGCUUUGCAAUCUUUUUUCAUUCAGUGUGAAAGGGAAGCCCUUGCACACUGCUGCAUCACCUUCAGAUGAUUAAUUUUUGUACAUAAUUUGUUUUGUUGGCUAACUUGGACUAAAUCUGUAAUGCCAACUUAAAUAUUUCAGUAAAUGCAUCUUUGCUA